AACAUGGUCCUCGUGCUCAAGGUUGCCGUGAUCUGCCUAGCAUUGAUUGCUGAAGGUUACGCCCGUCCUUGUGGGGAUAAUCCCCUGCAGAUAGUCGAUCAGUACUCACAACUUAGAGGUAUUAAUGCGGCGGAUUUAAUGGUGCACCUACUGGAAACAUCUCCAUUCGACUAUCAUCGGUUCAGGAAGGACUAUAGUCAGUAUUUGGACUGUACCCGAGCCAUAGAGAGUGGUUAUUACAAAAGGUCCGCCAAAAAGUCUUCAACUGAGGAAGAAGACAAUAUUAGACCAGUUGAUGAUGUUGAAUCGACAAUCGCAUCUCCAUAUUUUGACUUAUCAGGCAUGUCUGCAAGAUAUGAUUUGGAUUAUUUUAGCAACAAACAUUGAAUUCGCACACAAACCG